CGCGUAGCCUGCCGAACCCAAACAUCGCGCUCCAGCCCGCCGCCCGCCCCACCAGCAACGUCGCCCGCCGCCGCCUCACCCGACCGACGAUAAGAAUAUUCCCCUAAUGCACAACCCCUCAAAUGGCCUCCCAAAAUGAAAGAUACCAGGAGCGGCUGGCUGCGCGGUUACGAGGUGCUGGAGCGCGCAAGGUUUCAAACCCAGGGUUUGAUCUUGAUCUCCUAGCAACACCGGAAUCCGCUCCCCCGGCGGCGCCGCCAACGCAGCUACCAGCAAUCGUGACCCCGACUCCGCUCGUACCAGCGGUCCGGAGCGCACCGGCAGAGACUCCGAAGACGCGCCGUACCUCGCCGCGUAACGUGCGAACGACCAGCAACAACAACAAUGAGCCGCGCCGGUCCGUCUUCGGAAGUGGUACGCCGGAGGCUAGAGGGAAGCGAACGCGGCAGCCAAGUCCCGACAAGUUUUUGGAUACGCCGGAGGCAAAGGCGGUGCAGCAGGGACAACAGGCGCGGGUGGCGGUUAAUGGCGAUAGGGAGGCACGGAGGCUGGCGCGGUUGAGGGGUGCAGGCACGCGGACGGUUGCUCAAGCUGGGUUCGAUAUUGGUGGCUUGUUGGAGUCACCGGCGUCGCCGGCGAAGAAAAGGAAGAUUGAGACACCACGGCACGAGUCGGCCUCGCAGCCGGAACCGGAACGUAUACCAGAGUCGCAGCCCGAACCGGAGUCGCAGCCCGAACCGGAGUCGCAGCCCGAACUAGAGUCGCAACCGGAACCGGAAUUGGAGCCUCCGGUGGAGGAGGAACGGAUGGAUCAUCGGAGCAAGGAAAAUGCAUUGUUAGAUGAGCAGCACGAGACUAUGGUUGAACCAGAGCCUAUACCUGAGCCAGAGCCAGAGCCGGAAUCGGAGCCAGUAGCAACAUUCGAGCCCGAACCUGUUGAGUUUGAUGUAACACCCGAGGUGGAAGUUGAGGUAGAGGAGCCGGAAAAGCCACCAGUCCUCGUCCGAAGAUCGCCCCGCCAAACCCGAAAGGCGCCACCGACUCCACCGCCCGCCUCGCCUAUGGUCGAAAAGCAAACGCCAACACCACACCCUGCACGGAAAUCACUCGGGAAGAAGCCCGCAGCGCCAAAGAUUAGCGAGGAAGAAGAGCGGGAGGCUGAGGAGGCAGAACGCAGUGCACUUAAGCAGGCACAGGUGGAAGCGGCUAGGGAAGCACGAAUAGCACGCUUUGCCGAAAAGAAGGCUAGGGCAAAAGAAAAGGCGGAAGCAGAGGCACGAUUGGCUGCCGAGGAAGAAGCCGAGGCCGCGGCAAGAGCGGUGGCACUGCGGGCGCAGAGGGCGAAAGCGAAGGGUAAGGAAAAAGCGAGGCGACAGCCAGAGGCUGAACCUGAACCGGAGGUGAGCGAGGACGAGGUGGAGGCGGAGGCGGAAGAAAUCGACGAAUCCCAGGUAGUAGAGGAAGACGAGGAAACUCCUCCUCCGCAACCCAAGAAAAACCGGAAGUCAUCCGCUCAGAAACGGCGGGAUGAUGACUAUGCCGCGGGGGAAGGCAAUGAACCCCGCCAGAAACAACCCAAAGAUGGUGUUGAAAUCCUGAUUCAUCGUUUCGACAAAGCCGCCGGCAUCAUCGCACCUCCGCCCCAAAGUAACCGCAAAGGUGUCAACCCUGCAGACAUUGUCUACACGCUUCUUAUCGAGCAGAUCGACCGCGUCUAUCCGAAUUUACAAACCAGAAUUGAGAAAGAGGCUGUAGGAAUCUUCAAGGAGGAGCUCGCGGCGAAACUGCGUCAAUUGACGGAUAGCAUCGAAAACUAUCUGAACCUCCAGGUCCGGAACCGCCAAGCUAUCAGACGGAAGCUACAGCUCCAACAAGAGAUUCUGGAGAUCAAGAAGCAACGGCAACUCGUGGCUGUGCAGCAAGACGAAGUUAGAAACAAGCACGAGAGCGCGUCCAAGCGAAACCAGAUCCGGCAAAGAGUAGGUUCGGCCUACGAGGGCGUCACCGACCUCGUCGAGCGCGCAGAAGUUGAAUUCGCAAACCUACCAUUAUCGGAACUGGAAGCCACUGUCGAAAGCGGUCUCGACGCACUCAUAUACCGGCUUGCACCGCUCGUAACAGGCGGUGGUGCGGAUGGAUCGGGGAUGCUGGGCAGGAUUGUCGAGUUCAAUCGCGAGCUUGAGAGACUGACGGAGAUGCUGAAGGAACAUAAUAGUACCAUGACUUUGUAGGGGUCAAGAAAUACCAUUUGUUUUUUCCCGGUGGGGUUUUUUUGGACAUUACUGUGUGUGUUUUGGUGUGGCUGGGGUGUCUUCUUUCUUGCAUCGGCGUUUGGUAUAGGGCUGUUUGGUGUAUGAAUUACUUACCUGUUUCUUUCUUCUUUAUCUUGCCAGGUACGCACUUGGUACCGUCUGUAUAAUAGCCGCAGCUGUGGAGUACUGUUAUACCCAUUGCGUUUGUUCGAUUCGAAGGUGGGGUGGGGUGGAGUCGGAAAGAUGUUGG